AUGUUUUCGACCCAUUACCUCCCGUUACUAGCGCCACUUUGGGCAGCCCUGUUUCCCAAGUUCCCGGACCUGGAGCGGGGAAGUAGUAUGGUGCGAAGAUUUGUGCAAAACUCAUUGGAAGCCGGAGACCAUUCUGAUUUCACCGUCGCAAGAAAGCUUUUAGAAUCAAGCCACGUCAGCAGGCCUCUGGCCGAAGCUGAGUGUCUCGAUCACAUUGGCGCCGGAAUCGAAACCACAGGCGACACUCUGUGCUGGCUCAUGUGGGAAUUGUCUCAACCCAAACAUCAAAAUAAAGCCGAAAGACUUCAUCACGAGCUCGCUGAAGCAGGUAUAGGAGGAUCUCUUGAAGGUCUGCCAUACCUCAACGCUGUCAUCCAGGAAGGUCUGCGUCUGUUCGCCCCGGGGACGCUACCUCUUCCACGCUAUGCGCCGAAAGGAGGCGCUUUCGUCGAUGGAUACUUUAUCCCCGAGAAUACUAUCGUGGAGUGUAAUUCUUAUAGCAUGCACCGUUUGGAUGAGAGCAUAUUCCCGAACGCAACCGAGUUCAUUCCCGAGAGAUGGCUGGAUCCUGAAAGCCACACUGAUCGACAACGGCUAUUCUUCGCCUUCGGGCUUGGCCCGCGGACCUGCAUAGGCCGACAUCUUGCUGUGGCCGAGAUGAGAGCUUGUUUGAACGCAGUCUAUUCCAAGUAUCGCACCAGACCCGCACCGGAUAUGCGUUCAAGCAUGGAGAUGGACGACCAAGUCCUGACAUCCCGUCCGCGAGAUUUGUGCUGCAAGAUUCAAUUUGUGCCUUGGGGACCCGGAGCAUAA